UCGCCGGAAAAGUGUCUGCCGGGGGUGCUCUGGCUUCAUUUUGACACUUGCAAUUUGCUCUUCUAUUGAGAAGCCAAUUGUGUUGUGGGAGUUGCGGUUUUGUCCUUGAAGUUCAUUAACUUUCUGAAAGUGAACUAGAGCCAUCGGAAUUUAUCAUGUCUGCCGUGCACGAAUUCAACGUCGAAAUGACUUGCGAAGGAUGCUCUGGGGCAGUUGAACGAGUCCUGGGCCGGUUGGGAGACAAAGUGGAGAAAGUCGAAAUCGAUCUUCCAAACAAAAAGGUCUUUGUGAAAUCACCAAUGCCCAGUAAUGAACUCCUAGAAGUUAUUCAAAAGACGGGCAAGUCCGUGUCGUAUGUGGGUGUAAAGCAAUGAAGGCUGUAGAUAUUUUCUGUUAAAAUGAAUUGUUAUUUUUCUAUAUUUUUUGCUUGAUACUUCUGAAGUAACCAGUGUCCGAAUUUAUUAUGUAUAAAUGUAUUUAUCGUCUAUUAAUUGAAAUUAUAUAGGUUUAUGUGAGAAAAUU